AUGGGUCGAUCAAAGCAACAGAGUGGUGGAACAGUAGGUCACCUCAUCCAAGGCGUCGGCUUUGCCGUUGGGCUUGCGACCGAGUUCCAGGCGCACAAGAAGGCGAGUAAGACAACUGCAGCAGAGCAAAACAUUCAGGGAAGGCCAAGCCAGAAAGAUCUCAUCAACGACGACUCGUAUUUCGAGGCGAUAGAGGAGCGACCUCCUGCUUAUCGAGAUACAGGGUCUGAAGCGAAAGCGUCUCCGGUUAUCCUGCCUCAAAGACGUCCACACGACAAAACCAGAGGCUUUCUUCGCGCACACGCUCCCAACCUCGGAACGUAUAAGGAUAUCGACGAGACAGCAUUUCUCGCCUUCCUGAAAGAAUUACACAAAUCGUCUCAGUCGUCGGGGAUCUUCACCGCCAUCAACAUCACUGCAUUUGGUGCAGCUUCGCCCCAUCCAUGA